AUGGAGCAGAACAACAACAGUGUAGAAGAUUUCUCCUUGAAUGUCUUUUCUGUCACUCCUUAUCAGCCAAACAGAUCCGAUGUCCUGGUGUCAGAUGGGGAUAAAGCUGGCACCACUUUGCUCUUCUCAGGUGUGUUUUUGGGACUGGUGGGGAUCACUUUCACUGUGAUGGGGUGGAUAAAGUAUGAUGGCGUUACUCACUUGGAGUGGACUCAGUUACUAGGGCCUAUUCUGCUGUCUGUCGGGGUGACUUUUAUUCUGAUUGCUGUUUGUAAAUUUAACAUGCUUACGUGCAAGCCCUGUAAAGAAAGAGAGGAAAAUACCUCAGACCUCGACCAGACUGCGAGUGGACAGUCCUUUGUCUUCACCGGCAUUAACCAGCCUAUAACUUUCCACGGUGCCACAGUGGUACAGUACAUCCCUCCGCCGUACCCAGCCCAGGAAGGUGUUGCUGUGAGUCCUGGCUACCUUCACCCAGUGCUCGGCUGCUGCGGUGCUGCUUCCUCCAGCGCCCCACCGAUUCCCACCCCAGGCUUGGCUCACUUCUGCCCUGUCUACCCCCUGGAUAACCCAGCUUUUACCGGAGACGAGAUCUACACUAUCUACCCUGCAGAGAAUACCAGGAAUCAGAGGUCAGAGGACAGUCCUGAUGAGCCAGAAGAACUGCUGGAAGACUACGCCUAUGAUGACUUGUCACCUCCACGUUAUGAGGAAAUAUACCCACUGUCUUCAUAA